AAACAUGGACGACGAAGACGUCAUAUUUCAGGGUGACGUUUUCAAAUUAAGCGAGAGCAAGAAGAGGCUGGUGGGAUCAAAGUCAGACACGUGGAAGCCCAGGUACCUGAUUAUCCGCAAGAAGGAGGACAAACCGGUGUUGGAAUAUCAUCGGAAGAAACCGAAAAGCAGCAAAAAAUAUGAGAAAACACUCACAGAAUCGUUUGAGCUGUGGCCAACGUACAAAGUGGAGAAGUUGCAAGAUGCCCGUGGACGAUCGUUUGUAUGUGAAGUUACGUCUCCCGAAUUUCACUUGUUCCUCUCCGGCAACACGGAGAAGGAGGUGGAUAUCAUGGUCUUCCUCCUGCAGGUCCAGAUACGCCUCAAGGCUAACAUCACAGAGAACCUGAUCAAUGUUUUGCCAGUGGAUUCAGAUACGCUGAAAAAAAUUGGGGCAAAAGGAAAAUGUUCUCUCCACGCCUCACCGUGGGGACUGACACUUGUUUUGAAGCAAACCCGUGCCCUACUAGCCCAGUGGCCCCUGAAAAGCAUUCGCUACUACGAGACUUCUGGCUCCGGAACUUUCAACAUUGAGGCCGGCCGCGUAGCACCCAUGGGAGAAGGCUUAUUUAGCUUCAAGACAAAACCCGGAGAGGACGAUUUUAUCUACGAUCUCAUCGACAAUUUUAUCGUGGACACCUUGGACCGCGUUAAGCCCACCCAAAAAGGAACGCCGGAGGAAAUUGCGGAUUACAUCCGAGAACACGACUGUCUACAUUCAUUGACCACGGUCAGCGUCUGCUCACGCAGGACACCGGAGAUACAGAAUGUUCUUAAGGCAGUCUGGAAUAUUGGGUCCUACAGUUCAGAGGGCUCUGCCUCCUUGAUCAGUGGUCAGUCUGGCCGGUCCGGGGGAAGAAGGGAAAGUUCUGGCAGCAGUUCGAACUCCAACUCCCUAGAACGUGGUCAAGCUGUGGUCAGUUCAUCUUCCUCCUCUCGCCUCGUGAUCAACCUGGAGCGCCCAGAACUGGAUCGAACCAGUUUAGCUAGCAACAGAACGGUAAGCAGCAGUGGUGGUGGCAUGCGAGAGGAACCGGUCUCCGACCGCCCCCCUCCCCUCCCGGCCCGUGCUCCAAAACACAACGGCGUGCCUCGCAGGAGUAGGAGAAGAGACCACAGCCUUCCAAGAAAAGCUGAUGUGAUGGCCAAAAUGGCAACAGGAGCCACGGCAGAAGUACCUUCCCUGGCUUCUAUGGGCGAGAAGUUAACCGAUACUCAGCAAGUUCCUGCGUCUCCAAGGCGACACUCAAAUCCUUCAGAUUCGCUUCAUCGGGUAAACCAUGAUGACGGUUUGCUCACUCCCCCGAUCUCACACGCUCAAAUUUCCCCUCGCUACCAGAAUGCUCCCGACCAGUCACACACUCAGUUUCACCAACUCAGCGGGCAGCAGAACAUGAAAGUUCGUGUAUCCAAGUCCCCCGUUGUGACCCGCAAUCCUAAUAAAGUUGGCCGCGCCGAGUACUUGAUUAACCAGCCAAACAGUGGGCUACGGUCCCCCACCACGGGCCGCAGCUCUGAGACGUGGACUCUCGACCCAUCGCACCUGCGGGAAAACGACAGGCUAGACGAACAGGCGUACAUGGAUGCCGUGGCCAGGGCCAGUCGGCAAAAGUACGGAGGGGGACAUAACUCCAUCGACCGGCGCUGGGCCAAACUACAGCGAGAAGUGAGCUCCGAUUCCCAAGACGUUGUGUCGCUGUCAUCGAGGACUGGGAGUGUGAGCAGCCCCAGCACACCCGUGCCCUAUAGACCUUCUCGCACGUACGUCAACAUAGCAGUACCGGAGGUCAGCCAUGAGAGACAGAGGUCGGCCGAUGGUGUGAUGGGAGGGGGGGGAGGGACCAACAUGCUUCCUCCUCCUGUGUCCCCUCCUCUAGUCAUCCGACAUGGCAGACAGCGAUCAGCUGAUGAGUUUAGCCGCUCGUCUUUUGGCAGUAUCGAUCCGAGGAAUGCAGCCGCCUUCUCACAGUCUACGGAUAUGCAUCACAGCCGCCAAAACUCUGUGACCAGCACCAGUGCCUGCAGCACUCUCAGCCGAGGGAGGGGAGAUAAGAAGGAAGGGGGGGCAGCCCCACGGAUAUCUUAUACAUCACAGGUCAGUCAAGCCUCCAGUAAGGAUGGAGUAGCGGCCCCUGUGGUGGACUGGCUUAUGUCUGCCAGUUGUGAAGACUUGAGUGAUCACAUGAGAACAGCAAUCUACGACGGUGAAACUCAAAGCAAAGAGGAGGAUCAGGGCAAUACGUACGAAGAGAUUGAUACCAGUAAAACGGAAGAGGUCAACAGACAAGAAGUGACAUCUCCCUCACUAGGGUCAGCUGUAGAGGACAAACCCCCACUGCCGUUCACUGGACUGAAAAAGUUCCACGACAACACAGACAGCGCAUAUGCUCGGGACCGCAGCAAGUCAUUUGGUUAUGUGAACAUCCCGAGCCCCAGUAGUCCUCCGACCCCCCACAAACCUGCUAGCACAGCGCCUAGUGCACAUCUCAUACGCAAGAUGGUUAACGCCCGCGCUAAACAAGACACCCUUCGCAAGUCGCUCUCGAACCCAAACUUCCUCAACCUGGGCAGCAAAGAACACUUAUACAAUCUCAAAUCAACAGCGACCACCUCCAACAAUGGCAACAAACUGGCCGUAGGGAGCAAACAGAAAAGUCGCUCCAUCGGCAGUUUGUUCCCGGCCAUCAAGAAAGCUUUCAGCAGAGAGAGUUUGGGUCACAGCAGGUCUACCACGCCCGAACGCCGGGCCAGCUUCAGCCACAAGCGACGCAGCAGCGAAGGCGAGUCCUCCUCCUUUCAACGACAGAACAGCUGCCACAGUCUUGGGGAGAUAACCAUAAAGGGUAUCCGGCUGACGGAGAGAAGCAGAUCAUUCCGGAGAGUGAGAGGGGCAAAGUCAGUGGAGGUGUUGGCGCGUACAAAUGACGGGGAGAGGUCGGAAGAUAACCGCCACAGUACGGGCACAUCCGUGUCGGUCCACAGUGCCGUGUCUCAGUCCUCUCGCGAUACUCAUCUCUCAGCUCCGGGCGACGUGAGGUCGUCAUCAGCCGACACGUCAGGGUCAGGAACCUCUGCUCAAACAGCAGCUCCCUCCACACCAGAAGGAAGUACUAUCAGUCCACCUGUCUCUCCCAGAAAAUCCUCCUCCUCCCGGAAAAAACCCAGUUCUGGUGCGAGCAAUCCCGGGUAUAUGUCCACAACUUACAUCUCACUCACAUCCUCCGAUCUACCUCCUUUACCCUCAGUUGAUAAGUCAAAAGUCACUCCGUCUUCCGCCACCACCACCACUCCUUCCCGCACUUCGUCUUCUUCAUCGUCUCAGUCGCCUUCAUUAUCAAUAACGACAUCGUCCACCGGGAGUAAAUCCCCCAGCGUGCUGACAAGGACACCCUCCCACACCCCUGAGCAUGAUCAAAUCGAUGAGAACAGCAAUAAGUGUAACAAUAAGGGGAAAGUGAACCAGUCCAACCAUCAUCAACAUGACGGCGACUCGCCCUCUGAACCAAACUGUCUUCCGAUGCAGAGCGGGGCUUCUCCCGAUAAAUCAAAUUCUCCUAAGAAAAAGCGCCCCCAUGUGAGUGACCUCGUAGCCAAAAUUGAGGGCUGCAAAGGGGAUACAGAUCCCAGUCUCUCUACCUCUUGCAAUCAAGUCAGUAAUGUGUCCUAUCAGUCAUCAUCCUCUUUAUCAUCGUCGUCGUCGUCAUCUUCCGCAACUGUAAAACCUUUUCAGCCGAUGCCAUUCAAGAAACAUGAAAGUAAAUCAAGACCUUUCUUUAGGUCAAUGAAAUCGAACAAUUCGGAAUCUUCAGCAUAGCUAGAUCAUUUCUGUUAGUUAUGAUUUAUAAUGAUAAUGUGCUUCUUGUCAUAAGGAUCUGAAAAUGUACGAAUAACUGUGUGGAACUUUAUGUUUUAUUUUGAUGGUCCGGGAUUGGUUGCUACUUGAAGUAGAAGUAGCCACUAUCCUGGAUGCUUCGUUGCAUCGACUUUGUGGUAUCUGGUACCUUCUGUCAGCAUUGUGUAACACGAUGUGUUGUUACAUAAAUAAAAAUGGACAAAAAUAUCUUGUUACAAGUAUUUUUAUACUCUGCCCAUUUUUCAACGAGAAUUGUACGUUAUUUUCUACAGUGGACAUACUCCAAGGUUUUUUUGGUUUUUUUCUAUACUCAGACUGAUAUUUUCAAUAAAUGAAGGUGUAUAGGUUUCACUUCUCU